AGUUCAAACAAGGCUGAUGGAGCUGGCCAUAUCUCACCAAAAGUAUCUCCCUCAUUCAGCUGCAUGAUCUGUGAGAGGACAUUUCAUAAAAAGGUGAGCCUGGAGAAUCAUAAGCGUUCAUGUUGGAAUGAAUCAACAAUGUCAAAACCCAAUUGCCAUGCUAUUGAUAGUUUAAUUACAGACAACAAAGAUGGUAAAUCUAGCAAAAGCAAUCGUUUGUAUCAAACUGAGGGAGUCAAGGCAGGAGUAAACAAGAAUAAACUCCUUCAAAAGAGUCAGGAAGAGACACUAACUGGAAGCAUUCAGCAGCACUUGGUGACAAAGAGGAAAAGGCAGGAAGCCACCAAACCUGACAAGAAAUUGCAUGUAGUUGAAGAGAUAUGGAUACACAAACAACCUGGAAGACCUUCAGAAAAGGUGAAGUCUAAUCGUGUCUUUGUGAAGGAAUCAGAUAAUGACAAUAAACUUCAUUGUUUGGAUUCUGAAAAGCUCUCUGCGAUAAUUGAUGAAGCAGAGCUUAAGUGUCAGAAAUGUGGACAAGAAUUCACCAGUGUGUCUAAUCUCCGUCGGCAUGCUAUUAGACACCUUGGUUGGAAAAGAUUCAAGUGCAAAUUGUGUCGCUUCAGCAGUUAUAACAAAUCUGAGUGCAAUACACACAUCAUGAGAACACAUUCUGAAAAAUAUCGUCUUUCAUCAGUAGAGAGCCUCAUUGUUGACCUCAAUAGGGAAACCUCAAGAAUUCAGACUCAACCAAAAUUGCAUUCCUUAAAUGAGAAACAGACAAUAGAUAAACAACUUACUGAUGCUACCCAAACUAAGAAAACCAAACAAGAUAAGUCAAAAGAGAAGGAUCCUGAUCCUGCUCGGAAGUUCAAUAUUUCCACCCGUAACUCACCUCGCAAUUUUGACACAAGGCCAUAUCAGAAAUGCGACAAUAUGACAACUCUUUUCACUCGUAAAGGUUACUAUCCCAAACCCUACCUGCAUAUUGAAGGUAAAGACAAUGAUCAAGGGGAAUCACAAAGAGAAGACAGUGACAAAGAUACAUCCGAAGGUAGCAAAUGUAUGGGUUACAGUAUGCGGUCAUCUCGAUUCACAUCAAAGCAGUCUGAGAUGGAGACAGAAGGAAUCAACAUAAAUAGCAACAGAGAAUCUUCAGCUUCUCAGCAGCACUCAGUUAUGGAAUGUAGUGAAAAUGAAGCAGUUGCAAUAAAAUCAGACUCUGAAUCUUUUGAAGCAUUGAAUGAAAAUUGUGAGAAAGUGUUUGUUUCCAAAGGAAGGAGAAAAGUCCCUUUGGAUUCAAACUUUUCUUGUUCUCAUUCCAGGCGUGAAAAAUCAUGUGCGAAGUCAAACUUCCAACACGAACAAAGGAAAACAUCUGCACCAGAUAUGAAAAGUCAAGAUUUCUUGGCUCCAUGGCCAAGAGCUUCUGAACCUAUGUCAGUUAAAGAAAUGUUUGCUUUGAUAAGAAGGUCACCAAGAGCUGGCACUGGUAGGAGGAAGAGCACUGGGGAUAUUACAAUUUGUCAAGCACCAGACACCAAUUACUCAGAGGAUGUUAAUAAUGUAGGUGUUCAGUCAGUAGCCACUGCCAGGUCAUCUAAAGUGAUGGAUGGGAAAGUUAAAUUGAGUGCUACUUUAGCAAGGAAGAGUUCACCAGGAUGUAGGUCAGUGCCACUUAAUCAAAGAACAAGUCGUCCUGGAGUUGACUGGUCUCAGAAUAGUGAAGAGAAAUAGUGAAAAUCUUCUAUCAUGGUAUGAAGGCUUACUGUCAAUUGUUGAAGCUUUGAUCAAGAAUAUGUAGAAAAUAAAGAUUUAUUUCACA